AUGGCUUCAAAGGUAUCGUGCUUAUAUGUUUUGACAGUGGUCUGUUGGGCAAGUGCUCUUUGGUACUUAAGUAUAACUCGUCCUACUUCUUCCUACACUGGCCACAGACAGCUAAGUAGCGUAUCGAUAGCCAGAAAAAACGUUUCCUUUGGCAACAUAAGAACUCGACCUAUAAAUCCACAUUCCUUUGACUUUCUUAUCAAUGAACCCAACAAAUGUGAGAAAAGCAUCCCCUUCUUGGUCAUUCUUAUCAGCACAACUCACAAAGAGUUUGAUGCAAGGCAAGCCAUUCGCGAAACGUGGGGAGACGAAAACAACUUUAAAGGAAUUAAAAUCGCCACACUAUUUCUUCUUGGAAAAAAUGCAGAUCCUGUGUUAAAUCAAAUGGUAGAGCAAGAAAGCCAAAUUUUUCAUGACAUUAUUGUGGAGGAUUUUAUCGACUCUUAUCAUAAUCUCACUCUGAAAACAUUAAUGGGAAUGAGGUGGGUAGCAACGUUUUGUUCAAAAGCAAAGUAUGUUAUGAAGACAGACAGUGAUAUUUUUGUAAAUAUGGAUAAUCUUAUUUAUAAGCUGCUCAAACCUAACACCAAGCCAAGGAGAAGGUACUUCACUGGUUAUGUUAUAAAUGGAGGACCAAUAAGAGAUGUUCGCAGUAAGUGGUACAUGCCGAGAGAUUUGUAUCCCGACAGCAAUUACCCACCCUUCUGUUCGGGCACCGGCUACAUUUUUUCAGCUGACGUAGCAGAACUGAUUUACAAAACCUCCCUUCAUACCAGACUUCUUCAUCUUGAAGAUGUGUAUGUUGGACUCUGUCUUCGGAAGCUGGGUAUUCACCCCUUCCAAAACAGUGGCUUCAAUCACUGGAAAAUGGCUUACAGCUUGUGCAGGUACCGCAGGGUGAUCACAGUGCACCAGAUAACACCAGAAGAAAUGCACAGAAUUUGGAAUGACAUGUCCAGCAAGAAACAUCUUCGGUGUUAAGAUUUUUUACAGUUGUAAAUAAUUUUUUUUUAACUUUUUGUUUAGUCUGGUUAUUUUUUGACGAAGUUAUCUGCUGAUUUACAGGUUAAACGGUGGGAUAUUAACUGUGAGAGGAUUUUUAAUGACCGAUUUUUCAUUCUCGUUUUGACUACUGGUUUACAGACUUCAGGCUCUUUUCACAAGGACAUUACACCAACCAGAAGGAUCUAGAGUCAAAUCUCAGAUUUUGUAUAUUAUCCCCUAUCACACA